AUGCAUGUGGACAGCAGGGGGAACCCUUCAGUCAGACGCCGCAGACCAGCUGUGGCCUGCACCGAAUGCCGACGACGGAAGAUUCGAUGUGACCAGGCGAUACCUUGCCGUCACUGUGAGAAGGCGGCUCUGCGGUGUAUCUAUAACCAUUUGCGUCCCAAUAUCAGCCAAUCCAACAUCACUCCACCUGCAACAGCGCGGGUGAUAAUCCCAGGCUCGCAGUCCAGCGCGAACGAUUCUCCGCAAUUGACGCUAAGUAAGGACAACAAGUUUCACGGGUUUGGGAGUGGCUCCCUGGAUAGCGACCUCUCAUUAGACUACGUGCCUCCAGCCCUGCCGACAAGCCCGUCCAUCUUCGCCGAGCCCAAUUCGGUCCUCUCCUCCGUGACGCAACCACUAGCCUGGGAUAUCGUGCCUCCGGAGACCGGCGUUGAAUUCCUGGCCGAGUCCGACUCCGUGGCUAACCUGCAGGGCCAGAUCGGGGAGUUGCGGGACCAACAUACCGCGCCGUGGAAGGAAAUACUCCACUGUGACCCUGACACGUUCUGGUUCGAUUCCGAAGAUCUACGACGGAUGCAGAGGAAGAUCCGCGAUCUCGAGCUCUCGCUAGCCACGUCCAAGAUGCCUUCGGAAUGGCUCUAUUGGUCUCCAGGCUCUACAAUACCCGAAGUGUCAAGCCUAAUCCCCCAACGAGCCACUUGUGAUGUGCUACUGGAGUUGCACGUCAAUACUUUCGAGUCUUCGAUUCGCAUACUGCACAUACCGUCGUUCUAUCAAGAGUAUAGACAGUAUUGGGAGAGCCCGGACAGCACCAGCGAUGUCUUUCUGUGCAAGUUGCUGCUGGCCAUGGCAAUCAGAACGUUGUUCGUCCCCGCCUCGCCAUCAGCAGGCCAGUUGGCAGACAUGCGGUCUCGGGCAUUGGCGUGGAUGCACUACGGCCAUCAAUGGCUGUUUCAAAAGAUCGUGCUCGACGCUCAGCUCAACCUCGAUAUCCUGCAGGUCGGGUGUCUCCUGCUUUUAUGUCGCCAUACCAGUCCUACUGCCAUCGGUGAUCGGCAUUUCUGGCUAUCGGAGGACUGUUUGGUCCGGAUGGCCAUGAAACUCGGCCUCCAUCGGGACCCCCACGUCCGUAAUCCCGCAAUGCUCGGCACCGAGGUUGAAGUCCGAAGACGGCUCUGGGUGACCCUGCUCGAGCUUUCGCUCCAGGCUUGUCUGGACGCCGAACUUCCUGCCCCACUGCCCAGCGAUGGUGGGUUUGACACCGAACUCCCCUCGAAUUUGUCCGAUACCGAUCUCGGUUCGGUGGCUACGCUGUGCGAUCCCAAGCCCCGCUCCUUUUUCACCCAUUCCACCAUGCAGAUUCUUCUCGCCGAGACACAGAGAAUCCGGAUUCGUAUUUUGAAUCUGUUGUACUCCCCCACCACAAGAAUACCGUAUGAGGAGGCACUGAAGCUAGCAUCCGAGCUUAGGCGGGUCUGCAAUGCCAACUUACGAUUGUUGCAAUCCUUUACCCCUCAAGCACCGGGCGCUGUUAUGCCCACCGAGUUCCAGAUCAAGAUUCUCGACCUCUGGACCCGAAGGUUUCUUCUAGCUUCCAUAUGCCGACGAAUCGGCCGCAUCGAUGCGUCCUUGCUUCUGCUGUCCUAUCCUCUGUCCCACAACACCGCCACUGGCCAUUCUUCGCCAAUCGGCAGUUACUACCCCCAAUUGCAGAUCUCCGGCCAGGGCAUCUUCAAGAACGUCCUGCGACAGGCCACUGAAGCAAUUUGCCAGGAUCUGAUCCAGGAGCUGGUGGAGGAUGCGUUCCCAAUCACGGAUCGAGAUCCCCAUACCAAGCUCUGCCAAAUUAUAAAAGACUCGAUCAGUAUCUACCGGACACGUAUGGAGCAGAACCAACCUUGUAUGCGGGAGUAUGUGGCAUUUUUAUGCGCAUCUGCGCAGAUUGAGGCAUUACGCUCGGGAUGGCAUGGGAAAUAUGAUAUUUUUCCAACGGCAAAAAAGGCUCUGGGGCAAUGCCACCAUAUCCUUGAGUCAGCGCAAUGGUCCAACAGCCCUGAAAAGAAUUGGGCGGAAACAAUGCAUGUGCUGGAUAUUGAUCAAGGUAUGAACUUCCAGGCCGACCUAUUGUCAGCCCCAGGCGUUUCGCCUCCUUCACCUCCUUCAUCGUCUUCCUUUUUUGGAGCAUGGACUCAGACACACAGUCCCCUAGGGAGCUCAUCACAGUAG